UAAAUUAAUUAAUUAAAUAUAUUCAUCAUGAGUGGCAUUCAAAGAGUUCGAGUUAAUGGAAGAAGCCUUGGUCGUUUUAUCAACGGACAAGUCACAUUAAUUGGCACCAUAGCCAAAUUUGGCAGUACACGUAAACACAUUGAACUUGAUUCAACUGAUCAAAUGAAAAUAAAUGUAUCAUUGAAGGAUGAAAUUCAAGCUGAUAUUGGUGCAGUUGUUGAAGUUUGUGGUAUUGCAAAUUCAAAGGCAACAAUUAUUGCUGAUUCUUAUGUUGUUUUUGAUGCUGAAGACGCUGUUGAUUUUGAUCAAGAGGAUUACAAUGACUUUUUGACCAUUCUUCAUGUGAAAGUUGAUCAAAAUCGAAACCUCACAGAAGCCUUUGGUUACAAUUAACCAUACAUCUUAUCUUUUUU